UCACUCUUGCGACCACCGUGAUCGCUCUAGAGUCUGGAGGCCUUAGUAAAACUGAUUGGCAAAGAGAAUUUGGUUCCUAAAACCUUUGUUUUUUGUUGUUGAGAAUUUUAAGUUUUGGUUGAAAUCAUUUCAUCUGUUUAACAGAAACUUGGGAAUUCUAGGAAUGGUUUAUGAAUCAGGUGUGGCUCUAUACCUUCCUCUUGCAGGCUCCGGAGAUGGCGUUCAAUGGACUCUUUCGUUCAUCUCGCCGAUUAUUGAAUUCCUCCGUCUUGGCUACUUCCUCGGUUGUCUCCUUGCCGAGACCUGUUUUUAUUCCCAACCCUGCUCGUGAUCCCUUUCCUGCGUUUCCCUCGUGGAACCGCAAUGUUGAAAUAUGGAGCAAAUGCAAGGAAUUGAGUCAAGAAAAUGUGAAUGGUUUGUGCUGGAAUUAUAGAUUGGUUGUUGGAAUCUCGUCGUCCUCUGGGCCAUCCUCGUCACCUGUAUUGGAGGGAAAGCCAAAGAAAGAGGAUGAGAAGGGUGGCAAUGGUGUUGGAGAAGCAUCUUGGAUAGAUCUGUAUUUGCCAAAACAAGCUAGGGCUUAUGCAAAGCUUGCUCGCUUGGAUAAGCCCGUUGGAACAUGGUUGCUUGCAUGGCCUUGUAUGUGGUCUAUCAUGUUCGCUGCUAAUCCUGGAAGCUUUCCAGAUUUUAAAAUGAUGGCAUUGUUCGGUUGUGGAGCACUGCUUCUUAGGGGUGCUGGUUGUACUGUAAAUGAUCUGCUUGAUCGGGAUAUAGAUACAAAGGUGGAACGUACAAGGUUGCGACCUGUUGCUAGUGGUCUUUUGACUCCAUUUCAAGGGCUUUCUUUUCUUGGCUUGCAAUUGUUUUUAGGUCUAGGAAUUCUUCUUCAACUUAACAACUACAGUCGUGUUUUGGGGGCCUCGUCUUUGUUACUGGUCUUCUCCUACCCUCUAAUGAAGAGGUUUACAUUUUGGCCUCAAGCGUAUUUAGGUUUGACAUUUAACUGGGGAGCAUUGUUAGGAUGGGCUGCAGUGAAAGGAAGCUUAGAGCCAGCUGUGGUUUUCCCUCUUUAUUUAUCAGGAGUCUGUUGGACCCUCGUCUAUGAUACUAUAUAUGCACACCAGGACAAAGAGGAUGAUGUGAAGGUUGGUGUCAAGUCAACAGCCCUAAGAUUCGGUGAUUCAACUAAGCUUUGGCUUACUGGAUUUGGCUCAGCAUCCGUGGGCUUUCUCGCUCUGACCGGACUGAAUGCUGAUAUUGGGUGGCCCUAUUACGCAUCACUGGUGGCUGCUUCGGGACAGUUGGUGUGGCAGAUAGGAUCAGUCGAUCUAUCAUCUCGGGCUGACUGCAACAAAAAAUUUGUGUCCAACAAGUGGUUUGGUGCUAUUAUUUUCAGCGGGAUUCUACUCGGAAGAACUCUUCAAUAAAAAAACGAGAGGCCGCCUGUUAACGACCGUAACUUUGAGGACCCUAUCCAUCAAGAAUGGAAGCAGAUUUUUCUUUCAAGCAUACCUAAAAUUUCCCGGGUUUAUGAGCUUAUGGAAAGAGUUCAUAGUGCAGAAAUAAAAAAAGGAGUCACUUCCGGGGAGACAUAAAAAAUCACAUUGGUGAAUUGGGUUUUUGUUCUUAAUGUCAUCCAUGGAAGCGUGUGGCGGCUAUGGCGGCGGUAACAACCAUUCAGAGCAAAUCGCAGAUUUCACAUUCAGACAUUCCUUUCCUCACCUGACUCUUUGCUCAGUUCUGGUUUCUCUAUUGCCUUUUUUGCUCAUUUCACUGUCUUAAACACUCAUUGUCAUUUGUUAGCUUUCCUAUUACAAGAAGUCAUAUUGUUGUAAUCAUUUAACAGAACAGAUUAUAAGUAAUGUAAUAUAAAUUAUGCUAGUUGAGGAAAUAAAAUGUAAUUAUAGUUGAAA